UGGUUCGAUGGAUUUCGAAGUGUUUUGAGUUCUAAGCCCACAAACCAUGGGAAUGCCCUCAGCAGCCGGAGAAGGUAUCAUCAUCUUCUUCACAAAGUCAUUUACUUUCUAACUUUUUCUUCUCCUUCUUCUUCUUUGCAGCUCCUAAAACCCUAGUAACUAAAACCAGUAGCAGCUACUUCUUUACGCGUCGGAGGAUCCUCUGAACCCUAACUUUCAUUUUCGGAUCCUCUGUAAGUUAUCUAUCGGUUUUCAAAUGGCGAACUCAUCGGAGCCUCUUGUCUCCAUUGCCGAGUCCGUUUCCACUUCUUCUACGAAGAAACGGGUUCGGAUCUUCCGUCAUGAACUCCCUUCAGUUCUCAACAACUCAGAAAUGUGUACAGAGAUUGCAUCCCUUUUGGUAGAUAUAAUAUUUAAAACGCUGUAUAUUUAUGAUGAUCGAGGAUCAAGGAUAGCUGUUGAUGACGCGAUUACGAAAGCUCUAGGUGAGGUUAUUUUCAUGAAAAGCUUUGCAGCAGCUCUUCUUCAGGCAAUGGAAAAGCAGGCAAAGUUCCAAUCACAUGUAGGCUGCUACAGGCUUCUCCAUUGGUCAUGCAUUCUCUUUAGCAAGAGUGCAUUUGCCACAGUUUCGAAGAAUGCUUUUUGUAGAGUAGCCACAGCCCAGGCAUCAUUGCUUCAUAUUGUCAUGCAAAGGUCUUUCCAUGAGCAAAGGGCUUGCAAACGGACAUUUUUUCAUUUAUUUUCUCAGUCACCGGAUAUCUACAAAAUCUAUAUAGAGGAAUUCAAGGAUGCAAGAAUCCCUUACAAAGAUUCUUCUGAACUGUUAGGGUUGUUAAUGGAAUUCUCAAGUAAAUCACCUUCUUUCUUUGAACAAGGCAAGCCGACAUUUCUUGAUAUAUAUGUUAAAGCAGUUCUAAGUGCAAGAGAGAAGCCUGCAAAGGGUCUUAGUGAAGCAUUUCAUCCCCUUUUUACAAAUAUGUUGCAUGAAGAUUUUCAAAGUAUUGUGGUUCCGGCUUCUGUCAAAAUGUUGAAGCGCAACCCUGAGAUUGUGUUAGAGUCAGUUGGAAUUCUUUUGAAAUCGGUCAACCUUGACACGAGCAAGUAUGCCCUUGAAAUUCUUUCUGUGGUUUUGCCACAGGCUCGGCAUGCAGAUGACGUCAGAAGAAUUGAGGCGUUGGCUAUAGUUAGGUGUUUGAGCAUAAAGUCUAGCAAUCCAGAUUCUUUAGAAGCAAUGUUUCAUGCUGUCAAAGCUGUAAUUGGAGGCGCAGAAGGCAGACUUGCAUUUCCUUACCAGAGAAUUGGAAUGAUCAAAGCCUUGCAAGAAUUGGCUGGUGCUCCCGAUGGGAAACACAUCAAUCACCUGUCGCAAACCAUAUGCAGUUAUCUUCUAUCUUGUUAUAAGGAUGAUGGAAAUGAGGAGGUUAAGCUUUCAGCUUUAUCAGCUUUAGGGUCUUGGGCAUCCCGAUCUUGUGAUGCUGUUCAACCUAAUCUUGUUUCGUUUAUCACUUCUGGUCUUAAGGAGAAGGAAGCAUUAAGGAGGGGGCAUCUUCGUUGUUUGCGAUCCAUAUUCAAAAAUGCUGAUGCUAUCUUAUUGAUGUCAUCCCUAUUGGCACCUCUUGUCCAACUUGUAAAAACUGGUUUUACAAAGGCAGUUCAACGUUUGGAUGGUAUAUAUGCUUUGUUAUUAGUGGGAAAAAUUGCGGCAGUUGACCUCAAAGCAGAGGAGGUUCUGGUGAAGGAGAAGCUAUGGUCUUUGGUAUCUCAAAAUGAACCUUCACUUGUUCCAAUACAUAUGGCUUCAAAAUUAUCUACGGAGGAUUGCAUGGCAUGUAUUGAUCUCCUCGAGGUGCUGCUGUUAGAACAUCAGUGCAGGGUUUUAGAUACUUUUUCAGCUAGAUUAUUGCUACAGUUGAUUGUCUUUUUGAUGUGCCAUCCAUGUUGGGAAAUUCGUAGAAUGGCUUAUGAUGUUACCAGAAAGAUAAUUACUGCUGCUCCACAGUUAACCGAGAUUCUUUUAGUUGAAUUUAUGAAUUUUAUGUCUGUACUUGCAGAGAAACUCUGUAUUUCAAAAUCAAGUGACACAGAUAAUUCUUUGGAUACUCAAGUACCCUUCAUACCAUCUACUGAGGUUUCAAUAAAGGCUCUAGUUGUGAUAUCAUCGGCAGCACUUGCUGCUACUCCAAGUGCAUUUGUGCAAGUUUUACUCUGUGCACAUCAUCCAUAUGUGGUUGGCACUGCAAAAAGAGAUACAGUUUGGAGGAGGCUUUGUAAAUGCUUGCGUACUUGUGGUUCUGACGUCUCUGGUAUUAUAUCUGCCAAUGUGGAGAAUUUGUGCAAGGGUCUUUUUGGAUUAAUGGGAUUGAAGAGUGCCAAUCCACUUGAACAACAAGCUGCAAUUUCUUCUUUGUCCUCUUUGAUGUCUAUAUCACCUGGAGAAACCUACUCUGAGUUUGACAAGUACUUGAAAGAUUUCCCAGACCGCUAUUCACAUGAUGCACUUUCAGAAAGUGACAUUCGGAUAUUCCAUACUCCUGAGGGCAUGCUUUCCAGUGAGCAAGGUGUUUAUGUUGCAGAGUCUGUUGCUGCUAAGAACAUGAAGCAAGCAAAAGGUCGUUAUCGGGUGUAUGAGGAUGACAAUGAUGAGGACCAUUCCAUUUCUAAUAAUUCUGUAAAACGAGAGCCAACCAGUAGAAAGGAUACUGCUAAGUCAACAAAGAAGCCUGAUAAAGGGAAGACUGCAAAAGAGGAGGCGAGGGAAUCACUACUUCGGGAGGAGGCAUCUGUACGUGAGAAAGUGCGUGAAAUAAAAAACAAUUUAUCUCUGAUUCUUAGAGCUCUUGGGGAGAUGGCCAUUGCUAAUCCUAUUUUUGCACACAGUCAACUACCCUCCCUGGUCAAGUUUGUUAAUCCAUUAUUAAGGUCACCAUUAGUAGGUGAUGUGGCCUAUGAAACGAUGGUGAAGCUCUCAAGAUGCACUGUCCCACCUCUCUGUAAUUGGGCCCUUGACAUUGCCACAGCUUUACGUUUAAUUGUUACUGAGGAAGAUCGAGUAGUGUUGGAUCUCAUUCCAUCUGUUGUCGAAGGGGAAGAAAACAAAAAACCUUCUCUGGGUCUUUUUGAACGAAUAAUUGAUGGCCUAUCUGUAUCUUGUAAAUCUGGACCUCUUCCUGUUGAUUCAUUUACUUUUGUUUUCCCUAUAUUGGAAAGGGUUCUGUUAUACUCUAAGAAGACAGGAUUACAUGAUGAUGUGCUUCGGAUUCUUUAUAUGCACUUGGAUCCCCUGCUACCCCUUCCUAGGCUUCGAAUGUUAUCAGUUCUUUAUCACGUUCUUGGUAUUGUUCCGGCUUAUCAAGCUUCAAUUGGACCCGCUUUGAAUGAGUUGUGUCUAGGUCUUCUACCUGAUGAAGUGGCUCCUGCUCUAUAUGGAGUUUAUGCAAAAGAUGUCCAUGUAAGAAUGGCUUGUCUAAAUGCCGUUAGAUGCAUUCCUGCUGUUGCUAACCGAUCUCUUCCUGAAAAUGUUGAAGUUGCUACAAGCAUUUGGAUUGCAUUACAUGAUCCGCAGAAGUCAGUUGCAGAAACAGCAGAGGAUAUUUGGGAUCGCUACGGGUAUGAGUUUGGGACUGACUAUUCUGGACUUUUUAAAGCGCUGUCCCAUAUCAACUAUAAUGUACGUGUGGCUGCUGCGGAGGCAUUAGCUGCGGCUUUGGAUGAAUGCCCAGAUACCAUUCAGGAAUCUUUGUCUACGUUAUUUUCUUUGUACAUCCGUGAUGCUGGUUCCAUUGAGGACAACUUUGAUGGUGGCUGGUUGGGUAGACAAGGAGUAGCAUUAGCAUUGCUCUCUGCUGCUGAUGUACUGAGAACAAAAGACCUUCCUGUUGUCAUGACAUUCCUGAUUUCACGAGCACUGGCAGAUCCUAAUGCAGAUGUUCGAGGAAGAAUGCUUAAUGCUGGCAUUAUGAUUAUUGAUAAGCAUGGCAGAGAUAAUGUUUCCUUGUUAUUUCCAAUUUUUGAGAACUAUCUAAACAAAAAGGCAUCGGAUGAAGAGAAAUAUGAUUUGGUUCGUGAGGGUGUUGUUAUUUUUACUGGAGCUCUGGCAAAGCAUUUGGCAAAGGGUGAUCCUAAAGUUCAUACUGUCAUAGAGAAGUUGUUGGAUGUGUUAAACACUCCUUCAGAAGCUGUUCAACGGGCAGUCUCAGCAUGCCUGUCUCCAUUAAUGCAGUCAAAGCAAGAUGAUGCACCAGCUCUUGUUUCUAGGCUUUUGGAUCAACUCAUGAAGAGUGACAAGUAUGGGGAGCGUCGUGGAGCAGCUUUUGGGCUUGCUGGAGUGGUCAAGGGAUUUGGAAUCUCUUGCUUGAAGAAGUAUGGCAUUGUGGUUGCACUACGAGAAGGUCUUGUAGACAGGAAUUCUGCAAAACGUCGUGAAGGAGCUUUGCUGGGAUUUGAGUGCCUUUGUGAGACACUUGGAAGAUUGUUUGAACCGUAUGUAAUUCAGAUGUUACCACUGCUAUUGGUUUCGUUCUCUGAUCAAGUUGUUGCAGUUCGUGAAGCUGCUGAGUGUGCUGCUCGUGCAAUGAUGUCUCAACUUACUGCCCAGGGGGUCAAGCUGGUCCUUCCAUCUCUUUUAAAGGGUCUUGAAGAUAAAGCUUGGCGAACAAAGCAAAGUAGCGUCCAACUACUUGGUGCUAUGGCCUACUGUGCUCCUGAGCAGUUGUCUCAGUGUCUCCCAAAGAUUGUACCGAAACUGACUGAGGUUUUGACAGAUACCCACCCUAAAGUCCAGUCAGCUGGGCAAACAGCACUUCAACAGGUUGGGAGUGUAAUACAGAAUCCAGAAAUAUCUUCCCUUGUCCCUACUCUUCUGAUGGGUCUUACAGAUCCCAAUGACCAUACUAAAUAUUCCCUUGAUAUUCUGCUGCAAACAACAUUUGUUAAUUCAAUUGAUGCUCCUUCGCUUGCACUUUUGGUGCCGAUAGUACAUAGAGGGCUGAGGGAAAGGAGCGCUGACACCAAAAAGAAAGCAGCACAAAUAGCUGGAAAUAUGUGUUCAUUAGUUACAGAACCUAAGGAUAUGAUUCCUUAUAUAGGAUUGCUUCUUCCUGAAGUGAAAAAGGUUCUUGUGGAUCCAAUUCCAGAAGUUCGUUCAGUUGCAGCAAGGGCCAUUGGAUCUCUUAUUCGUGGUAUGGGAGAAGAAAACUUCCCAGAUCUUGUUCCGUGGUUGUUAGAUACACUGAAAUCUGAUAAUAGCAAUGUUGAGCGCUCUGGAGCUGCUCAAGGGUUGAGUGAGGUUUUAGCUGCUCUUGGAACUGAAUACUUUGAGCAUUUACUUCCCGAUAUCAUUCGAAGCUGUUCUCAUCCAAGGGCGUCUGUACGUGAUGGAUAUUUAACAUUGUUCAAGUAUUUCCCAAGGUCAUUGGGUAUCCAGUUCCAGAACUAUUUACAGCAGGUGUUGCCUGCCAUAUUAGAUGGACUUGCCGAUGAAAAUGAAUCUGUCCGUGAAGCAGCAUUGGGUGCAGGGCAUGUCCUGGUUGAACAUUAUGCAACAACGUCUCUGCCUUUGCUUCUUCCUGCUGUGGAGGAUGGCAUAUUUAACGAUAGUUGGCGUAUUCGACAAAGCUCCGUAGAAUUGUUAGGUGAUCUGUUAUUUAAGGUUGCAGGAACUUCUGGCAAAGCUUUGCUUGAGGGUGGUAGUGAUGAUGAGGGUUCAAGUACUGAAGCUCAUGGGCGGGCUAUCAUUGAGGUUCUUGGAAGGGAUAAACGUAACGAGGUCCUUGCUGCAUUGUAUAUGGUUAGAGCUGAUGUCAGCCUAUCCGUACGUCAGGCUGCCCUGCAUGUGUGGAAAACAAUUGUGGCUAAUACCCCAAAGACACUGAAGGAAAUAAUGCCAGUUUUGAUGAAUACACUAAUCACUUCUCUUGCAUCAUCUUCAUCGGAGAGGCGACAGGUUGCUGGGCGAUCCCUGGGUGAGCUUGUUAGGAAGCUUGGUGAAAGAGUUCUUCCUUUGAUUAUCCCAAUUUUAUCCAGAGGAUUGAAGGACCCAGACACAAGCAGAAGACAAGGUGUAUGCAUUGGUUUGAGCGAGGUGAUGGCAAGUGCUGGCAAAAGUCAGUUAUUGAGUUUCAUGGAUGAGCUCAUCCCUACUAUUCGGACAGCUCUUUGUGAUAGCAUGCCUGAGGUUCGUGAGUCUGCAGGCUUAGCAUUUAGCACUCUUUACAAGAGUGCUGGGAUGCAAGCAAUUGACGAAAUUGUUCCAACUCUUUUACAUGCUUUGGAGGGUGAUACUUCUGAUACUGCCCUUGAUGGCCUCAAACAAAUUUUAAGUGUGCGGACUUCAGCUGUUUUGCCCCAUAUAUUGCCGAAGCUGGUUCAUCUUCCUCUUUCUGCCUUCAAUGCACAUGCUUUAGGAGCUUUAGCUGAGGUUGCUGGGCCUGGUCUUAAUUUUCAUCUUGGUACUGUUCUUCCUGCAUUACUCGCUGCAAUGGGUGGUGAGGAUAAGGAUGUUCAAACUUUGGCAAGAGAGGCUGCAGAAACUGUGGUUUUGGUAAUUGAUGAGGAAGGUGUAGAAUCUCUCAUAUCAGAGCUUCUUAAAGCUGCCAGUGACAGCCAGGCUUCAAUAAGACGAAGUUCUUCAUAUUUGAUAGGAUAUUUUUUCAAACACAGCAAAUUAUAUUUGGUUGAUGAAGCUCCAAACAUGAUAUCUACCCUGAUUGUCUUACUUAGUGAUUCGGAUUCAGCGACCGUUAUGGUUUCUUGGGAGGCUUUGUCAAGAGUUGUAAAUUCUGUUCCCAAAGAGGUACUCCCAACAUAUAUUAAAGUAGUACGUGAUGCUGUAUCUACUUCCAGAGAUAAAGAGCGGAGGAAAAAGAAGGGAGGACCGAUUCUCAUACCUGGAUUUUGUUUACCGAAAGCACUUCAACCGUUACUUCCGAUAUUUCUCCAAGGUCUCAUAAGUGGGUCUGCUGAAUUAAGAGAGCAAGCGGCUCUUGGUCUUGGGGAACUGAUUGAGGUGACUAGUGAAAAAUCGUUGAAAGAGUUUGUCAUUCAAAUAACAGGGCCCCUUAUUCGGAUAAUAGGUGAUAGGUUUCCUUGGCAGGUGAAGAGUGCCAUUUUAGCUACCUUAACCAUCAUGAUAAGAAAGGGCGGAAUUGCCUUAAAACCUUUUCUUCCUCAGCUACAAACAACAUUUGUUAAGUGUCUACAGGACAGCACAAGGACUGUUCGUUCAAGUGCUGCUCUUGCACUGGGGAAGCUUAGUGCUCUCAGUACCAGGGUUGACCCGUUAGUUUGUGAUCUCCUUGCAAUUUUGCAGGCAUCAGAUGGUGGGAUACGGGAGGCAAUUUUGUCUGCGUUAAAAGGUGUCCUAAAGCAUGCUGGAAAGAGCAUUAGCAGUGCUGUUAGAGCUCGCAUCUAUAAUCUCCUAAAGGAUUUGAUUCAUCAUGAUGAUGAUCAGGUUCGAAUAACUGCAGCAAGCAUAUUGGGUAUAUUGUCGCAGUACAUGGAAGAUGCUCAGCUGACUGAGCUUCGUAAGGAACUUUCAAAUUUGGCCUCCUCUCCAGGCUGGUCUGCUAGGCAUGGUUCUGUACUCACGAUCUCAUCCAUGCUCAGGCACAACCCAUCCAGCAUUUUUGUCUCUUCAGAGUUUGCUUCUAUUUUGAACCACCUUACAGCCAGCUUGAAAGAUGAAAAGUUCCCUCUUCGUGAAGCUUCAACUAAGGCUUUUGGGAGACUUCUAUUACAUCAAGUUCAAAGUGAUUCAUCCAAUACUUCAGUCCUUUUGGAUAUUGUUUCAUCUCUUGUGUCAGCAUUGCAUGAUGAGUCUAGUGAAGUCAGGAGAAGGGCAUUAUCUGCUCUGAAAGCAGUUGCAAAAGCCAAUCCUUCUGCCAUGGCGGCCCAUGUUAAUCUUAUUGGCCCUGCGCUAGCUGAGUGUUUAAAGGAUGGAAGUACUCCAGUGAGACUUGCUGCUGAAAGAUGUUCUCUGCACAUCUUCCAACUGACAAAGGGUACAGAAAAUGUCCAAGCUGCUCAAAAAUUCAUAACAGGUUUGGAUGCAAGGCGGAUAUCAAAGUUCUCUGAAUAUAGUGAUGACAGUGACGACAGUGAAGAUGAUACGGCUAGUGGCUAAAAAAUGGUUUUCUGCGGAGCAAAAAUUCAAAUUUUAUUUUAUACAGCCUUCAGAUGGUGGUUUUGGCAGUUUCAGUCACCAAGAGAUAGAAAUAUACACAGAAAAAAGAUAAGAGGCUUUUGAAACCCAAUUUUCUUACCUGGGUGUUACUGAAUUUUUAUGUAUCAUCAAUUAUUAUUACAAGGAUGGUGUAUAGAAAUGAACUCUGUUUUGUUUUUGUAAUAUUUUCUUGUAUUGCUUGCGACCUUUUGUCCUUGUUUAUUUUUAUUUUUAUUUUUUCGGUGUCAAAUCCUCCUGCAAAGAGCUUUUCUCUUAAUUGUAAUAGUUAUUGUUAUUCCUUUUGUCAGUUAAAUCAUUACUUCAAUAAUGUCCAGAUAUAUUGUGAAUGUUCCAACAUUUUGGCUAUGUAUUUAUGCUUAUACAUAAAAUGGAAUAGUAGUGGAACUCAAA